AUUAUACUCACAAAGUCACAAAUCUGCCUUGUGUAUUAUUAAGUUUGUGACUGUGUUUUGUUUAAUAAAAUCAAAAAUUAAUUACAGCAUUACUUAAGCCAAGUGGCUUUAUAGUGAUAAAAAGGACUUUAAUUAAAUUAUUUAAAAGAAAACCUAACAAAAAAGGAUUUGUCAUGGGUUGCGAUGGUGGUACAAUUCCACGUAGGGACGAGCUUGUUCGACUUAAAAAGAAACCAGAACAGAAAGAUAAAGAUGCAGAGCGUUCAUUCAAAUGGCGCAACUGCGCAUUGUCUCAACAAACCUUGCAAGAGCCAGUGGUCGCUUGUGGAUUAGGACGACUGUACAGCAAAAGCUCAGUAAUAGAAGCCUUGCUGGACAAAGAAACCAAACCUGAAUCAAUAAAUCACAUCAAAAACUUAAAGGACAUCAAAGACUUAAAACUCAUGAGGAACCCGGCUUACAAGAACACUGAGCACACAGAUGGCGCUGCUGAAGGAAGUGCUCCAUAUAUUUGCCCCAUUAGCGGUUUAGAAAUGACCGGCAAAUUCCGAUUCAUAUUUCUAUGGAGUUGUGGCUGUGUGCUUGCUGAACGUGCAUUGAAAGAAGUUAAACAGAAUCUUUGUCAUAUGUGUCAACAACCCUUUACAGACAAUGAUGUUAUAGUACUAAAUGGAACAGAUGAAGAUAUUAAAGAGUUGAAAGAAAAGAUGGCAGUGCGUGUUGCCAAUAGAAAGUCUAAGAAAACCAAAUCUAAAACUGAAACUGUCGUUAAGAGUGAACCAGAAAUUAAUACUGAAGACUCAACAUCCAAAGAUGUACCCUCUACAUCCUCAGAUAUUCUUUCAACAUCAGUCACCAUUAAGAAAGAAAAAGAAGAACAGCCAGAAAGAAGUGCUCAAGUUAAAAAAGAACUAGACACAAUUCCUCUAGCAUUACCUAAAUUUAACCCUAAUAAGCAAAGUAGAGGUCACUUUGGGUCAAACAAACGGGCACAUCCAACACAAUUAGCACAAGAUCCUUCAUACAAGAAAACUAAAAAGGACUACAGUAUAGCCAAAGAUCCUCAGACAAGUGAAGUAUAUAAGUCAAUAUUUACAUCACAUAAAACAGAUAAGGAUCAACAGAGAGCACAUUGGGUUACUUAUAAUCCUUUUUAUAACUAAAAUAAUAAAGAAAAUUAGACAAUAUCAGGAAACUGAAAACUUUUAGGGUGUCAAGAGCAAAAGCUUAUAUCGGUGACUAUACCAACUAGGGUCAUGUUAAUACAAUUUACAAAUUUGUUAUGUUAUUUCUUUUGGAAAUUUAUUUAAAAAUAAAUCAAAUAAAGAAACAAAUUCAC